UAUCAACAAUUCAGUGUACUCGGAUUCUGGCUGCCUGAAGAAAUAGACCCAAACAAGUUAAAAUGUUGCAACAAAAUAUAUUGGACCAACUUAAACAAUUUAUAGACACAGUUAGCAAUGGCCACAGUAAUACACAGCUACUAACAAAGCCCUCAUUAAUCAAACUGGCGCUGAGUUUUCUCGAUGAACUGCCGGCCACUCGGGACAUUGUGUUUGAUUAUUUUGGCAUUCUGGCAGAGAUCGGAGUUCAGCUGUAUAUAUCUCCCGAAAUGAUUGAUCAGAAGACCGGCCUGCCUAUAUCCCAAAUGAAACAGGAUGGCAAUGCGCAUCAACAGAUGAGGGCAGAGGAAUACGAAAGCUUUAAUAUCGUCAAAACAUCGCUACAAAAUUUAAUAUGGAAAGGUCCACCGGCAUGGUCGCCACUCAUAGCCAACUGGAGCUUGGAGUUAGUAGCUAAGCUAUCAGAUAAGUACACACAGCGCCGCAUGACCAUUCCUGCCUCGUGCAACUAUUGGCUGGAGUGCAGCGCAAUGCACGGUCUACUCACGCUAAUCAACGGCUGCUUUCGUAAGCUGAACAACACGGAGGCAGAGUCAUGUGUGGAAACCAUGUUGAAUGCAUUUCAUCGCUAUCCAAUGACUUUUGACUGGAUUGUGGCGCGACUGGGGGGUUGCUUUCCGUACAAGAUCAUUAUGCAAAUACUGCAGUGCGGUAUUAAGCGUUUUGUGGAAGAUUAUCGCUGUCAUCUGGACUCGGAAGCAGGCAUACUGGACUACAUGACAUCAUGUCAUGAGCAACAACUGCGUGCCGCAUUCUGUGAAAUGCUCAAAGAUGGCUUGGAGCCCAAAAAGUCACUUGACGUGGCUAUAGUCCCAUUUCUGCUAAUAACCACAAACUAUUCCGAUGCGAUACUACAGAGCUUGGUCAAUGUGUUUAUAGAUACAUAUAACGAAGAAAUGUGCGAGGCAAUUGUGCUGAAGGCGCCGCUUUGGCUAAGCAACAAAAUGUUUGCCGACAUGCAGCCCUCCCUGAAUAAUGCUGUGCUACGCCUAAAUCAACACGGCGCCAAACUUCUCUUAAUGGUUGCCAAAUUGGCUGAAAAGUAUGUCUGGUGUCAAGACUUUCUGGAUACGUCCAUGCAGGAAUUGGAGCAAUGGGUGCUCAACAUGCGUAACUUUCCAUUACUCGGAGACUUGGCCAGCGAGAAAACUAAAUAUAUGCUGUGGAAGAGCUGCCUAAGUACAAAUCUAUUGGAGCAACAGACGGCAGUGCGAUUGCUGCUCGUUGUCUCCUCACAACAUCCUCAUAUCUAUUAUCAGACCAUAUCACAAUUGCUGCGCAAAUCGUAUGCUCAAAAUCCAAAUACAAUUGGAGCACUGAUGCGCUUGCUGGGUGGCCAGAGCGGCGUGCUUAACUUUCCCAGCAUAACGCAAGGUUUCAAAAUGGUGCUAGAGGAUAUAACGUUACAGGAACAGGUUAACAAUCGUCUGCCUGUUGAGCCCGGCACGCCAAGUGAGGCGUAUAAUACCUUUUACAACCUCAACCUAUUGACCAAAAUGCACAAGAAGAGUCAGUUUUCACACAUCAAGCCUCAGUUGCUGAUGCAAUCACUGAACGAAUGUCUGCCAAAGAUAAUACAAAUUCUCGACUGCACAAUUUUAAAGCUGGUGUUACGGAUGGAUAAGCUUGCAGCUGAGCGCAGCGCUGAGAAGUUUAAAAAGCAACAGGCCAAUAACAACAACAACAACAACUAUGAAACACAGCCUGAUAUGUAUAACGGAAAUGGCCCGAAUAAGCGAUCUAAACUAGAACCGGGUGAAUUGCCCAAGACAGAAGAAACACCUGAUGCGGCAUGCAUGCGUUUGGCGCAUCUAAUAGUCGAACUGUUGAAUAACAUGGAGGCAGGAGCACGCAGCAAUGUGUUGCGCACACCGUUGGUGCUGAAACUAGCCGUGCUAAGCGUAAAGUACUUCUUUGUGGCUCUCACCGAAGAAACCAUCAUUCGUCGCGCAGCAGCCGCUCAUCGAGCGUUUGCCUUGCUGCAGCGCCAGUGCACAGCAAGAAAAAUUGCACGCACUGUAUGUCUGCGUGAGCUGGUUGAGGGUGCACUCUUCUAUCAUGGCCAUUUACUGGGGCAGAUAGAAGAAUACGAACUGGAUGAGCUGCAAAUACCCGAACAAGAGUUGCUUAUUGUGCAAAAUCUGCACACCAGCUCGGGUACAAACUCAAAUCGUUCGGUCCUGCAUUCAGGUGUUAUUGGACGAGGUCUGCGACCUGUGCUGCCCGUCAACAACAGAACCUGCGAUGCGGAGAAGCAAACAUUAUAUCUGAAGGCUCUGAAUGCAUGCUGCUUAGAUCUGGAAAAACCUAACAAUGUUGAAGGAUACUCACUUGUGUCGUUAACGCUCGUCGAAUUGGUGUCAACGGAUGUCAUGUACAAUGGGCUGCCCUUUCCCGAUGAGGAGUUCACUCGCGUCACCAUGGAGCGGGAUAUGCAAAUACGUCGUGCCUUCAUAACAUCGCCUGUACUGUGGGCUGUCCUUGGCCUAAUCGCGACCCACAGGCCCGCAUUAUGCUACUCCUCAGUACUGCUGCGUGCACUGUGCGCCACAUGUUUGCAUCAUUGGCGCGGCAAGAACGUCAACAAAUUUCAGCCCACAUCCGCCAACGAUGAGCUCAUGCUGUGCACUAAAAAGCUGCUACAGCUACUGACCAUCAGCCAGCUUAUACCGCCACCGCUUUCCAACCUGCACAUGAUCAUUGAGCACUUCGAUGCGCCGGAGAUUGCAGUGCUGCUGCGUGAGUGCAUUUGGAAUUAUUUAAAGGAUCAUGUACCCUCACCUGCGCUCUUUCACGUGGACAACAAUGGUCUGCACUGGCGCAACACAAGUCAGGUGAACGUGCCGUCGCAGUAUGUAGACACGCUGCGGCAUCUGAUGCAAAGGAAGCUCAGCAAACUCGGACCGCACUAUCAUCAAAUGUUCAUAAUGAGCGACCUGCACAUAAGUACACCCGCUACAGCAACAGCAGAGCCAACAAUAUUCGCGGCACCCAAAUCCAGCAUUGAAGUCGUAGAAUUGGAAUAAUAUAAUUAGUUAGCUAACUGUUAAGUUAUGAUCCUUAAUUGGCAUUGCGAACUUUAAAUGCCAAUUAAGGAUCAUACAAAAUUUGUCAAUAAACUACAAAGAUUCCAUAAAUAA